AUGGGUUAAUUAGAGUCUGUUUUAUUAGGAAAUAGUGAAGAGGCUUCAAGCAAAAAUGUUAAUGCAGAAUUACAAAGCGAAGAUGGAUUAAUAGAAACUGACAAUGAAUCAAGAUUCAAAAAGAUUAUGAAAGAUUUUACCUUAGCUUAGCAUAAUUACAAAGAUCCAUAUUUAGGAAACGUUGAUGUGUAUAAAUGUAUCCACAACAAAAAUUUUCGCAUAUAUUUGAAAGAAAUGUUUACUAAAAGCGAGGAAGAACUUAACCAAUAAGUUGAAAUGUGGGUAAAGCGUUAAAGCUUACUGUUGCACCCAAAUUUAAUCUAGCUUCAUUCUUGCUGUCAUUAAAAGGUUGAGAGCUUUUGUGCUACAUUUUUUAAAAUUUUCAUGCUUUUCGAUAGUGUUGAAGCAGACUUACUAAAUACUAUCAAAAAGGAUAGGAUUUAAAAGUUUAGUGAAGACGAACUUUGGUUUUUGCUUGACUCAAUUGUUGGAGUUUUAGAGUUUAUGCAGGAAAGAGAUUUAACUCAUUAAUCUUUGAGACUAGAUACGAUAUAUAUAAAUUCGAACCAUAAGAAUAUCAAACUCUUUAAAUUAGCUGAUUCUUAGCUUAUGGGUUACACUACAAAUUAUGAAAAUCAACUCACAUAAUUUGAUAAAUACAUCUAUCUCUCACCACUUUUAUUUACUCAAUAUGGAAAUAAUAUAGAACAUCCUGUUCACAAUGAGUAUAAAAGCGAUGUUUUUACUUUGGGAAUGCUUUUAGUUCAUCUAUCUCUCUUUGAAUCAUGUGCUGAUGUAUAUUCACUUAUUGAUCAUUCAAUAAACUAGCAGGUUCUAAAUGAUAAAUUAAGCAGAAUCAGUAAUACUUAUUCUUCUGACUAUUCUCAAAUUAUUUAAGAGAUGUGUAUUUUAGAUGAAAAAUAUAGACCUGAUUUUAGGUCUCUGGACAGAAAACUGAGCUCUUGUCCUAAAUUAUUUGGAAGGAGAAUAUGUGAAAUGGUUUAAGUACCUAAUUUAUAUAAAAUGAAGCCAGCUUCUUUUAUGUCUGACUAAGAAAUCGAACAAAAGAAACAAGAAGAGUUAAGAAAGAAAUAAGUAAAAGAAGACAAAGAAAAAUAGCAAAAAGAGUUAACUGAAAAAGAUAUCAUUAUUAAAGCCAUUCAGUAACAAGAUGCUCUUAAUAUUUUAAAGGAUUCUAUUGCUAAAACUUCUUAUCUUACUGAAUAGCUUUUCAGAUAGAGCUAAAGAGCUGAAGUUCAGUUUGCUGUAGAUAAUAUUUUGCUUAAUCCUGCAAGCCAAAAAAUUAAUCCAAACCAAAAUUAAAUAAGUUAAGUUAACUUUAUUGACCAACAGCAUCAAAUGAUGAUGCUCAACUAAGGUCUUAAUCCUAUAUCUGGUGGAGUUUAUGGAGAUAAAACUCUUUAAUAGAAUAACUAAUUGCAGUAGCUUGGUAAUUAUGAAAUACCUUUUACAAACAACUCUCCUACAAAAUCUAGACCACUCGCUGCACCUUAAAAUGGAAAUAAUUCUUAAAACAUAAUUUAAUAAAAUAUGCAGAAUAACCUAAAUAACCUAGGAGCAUAAUAGUAUUAAUCAUAAUUCUAAUCACCUUAGCAAAUUAACACUGAUCAAGAUAAUCACCUGAUAAAUCUCAGUGGAAUUAAUGCAACUUAAAAAAUUGAUAAUAACAACCUUUCUCCAGGCCAAUAAAAUGAAGUUAUGCUCACUAGCACAUCAAAGCAGCUUUUUAUAGAAAAUCCAGACCUACCAAAAAUAAUAAAUAAGAAUCUUAUUAAAUAAACAAUAAAAUAUAAAAAUGGAAAUAUCUAUGAAGGAGAUGUUUUAGAUGGUAAAAAGCAUGGAUAUGGAGUAUUCAUUUUUAGCAAUCAACAAAAAUAUGAAGGAGAGUGGUAAAACAACAAGCGUCAUGGUAAAGGAACAUAAUAUUUUUAAAAUGGCUCAAUUAAAUACGAAGGAUAGUGGGAAGAUGACUAAUAUCAUGGUUUUGGUACAUUAUUUUAUAAAGACCCUAAACCACUAAAAAUACCAGAAUAGCAAAUAUAAUAGUUUAGUCUUUUAAUUUAGUAAUAACCAACUCUUUCACAAGCCUAAGUUGAAUAAUUAUAAAAAGAAUUUAUUAUCAAAGUAAAAGAGAGAUACUAUCAAGAUUUAUCAUAGCUUUAAGAUUUUUAAGUAAAAUAUGAAGGAGAUUUCAAAUAUGGUAAAAAAGAUGGCUUUGGAACUAUCACUUUUUCGAACAACGAUUAUUUUGUUGGUCAAUUUAUUAACAACUAAGCAAACGGAAAUGGUAAUUAUAUGUAUGAAGAUGCUGUUGGUUUUGCUACAGGGGAGUGGAAAAAUGAUAAAUUAAUUAUGAAGUAUUGA